CAAAUUCAAGAUGUGAUAACAUUUAAAAAAAACGACAGAGGGCUUUGAAACAGAUUUCGGUGGAGGAGCUCACAUGAUCUAAGAAAUGAACCUGGAUGAAGACAGCGGCCUGUCAGUCAGUUGCGGCAAUGGCAAACUGAGACAGUGGCUGAUCGAGCAGAUCGACAGCCAGAGAUAUCCUGGUCUGGUCUGGGAGAAUGAUGAAAAGAGUAUUUUCAGGAUCCCAUGGAAACAUGCAGGGAAACAAGAUUAUAACAGAGAGGAGGAUGCUGCACUCUUCAAGGCAUGGGCCAUGUUCAAAGGAAAGUAUAAGGAAGGCGUUGACAAACCAGAUCCCCCCACAUGGAAAACUAGACUACGUUGUGCACUUAAUAAAAGCAAUGACUUUGAUGAGAUAGUAGAAAGAAGCCAGCUGGACAUCUCUGAGCCCUACAAAGUCUAUAGGAUCAUUCCAGAAGGAGCCAAGAAAGGAUUGAGGGCAGGCACUAUAGAGGAGACACAAUCACAUGUAAAUGCCCUUGGCUAUAUUCCUCAGUAUGGGCCUCUGCACAACCAGUUGCCCGGGUACAUGGUUUCUCAGGAGAGACGGGACUGGAGGGAAUACUCCCAAGCAGAACCACAACCGCUUCUUCCUCCUCACCUCCAAGGGCCACAUGCGGAACUUCAGUAUGACCAGUGCCACUACCCGUCGGCACUCAGCCGGGCUUGGCCUGGAUCACAUGCAGAAAAUGGAUUCCAGCUCUCCUUCCACACCUACUUUGCAGAGUCACAACCCCCUGUUUAUACGAUGGACCACAACCAUGUAAUCACAGAUUUCAGCCUACACGUGUCUCUAUACUACAGAGAGUCAUUGGUAAAGGAGGUUACUACCACCAGUCCAGAGGGUUGUCGGAUCACUUCAUCCUCCUCCUCCUCCUCUCCAUCCUCCUCCACCCGCUUAUCCCCAUGCCCAGAGGACAAGUUUCACAGUGGGGCAGAGACCAUCACUUUUCCGUUCCCGUACCCCGAGUCUCAGAGGCAGGGUGCUGACAUGCUUCCUAACAUCCUGGAAAAGGGGGUGCGUUUGUGGAUGAUGCCGGACGGGUUGUAUGCUAAGCGCUUAUGCCAGGGGCGAGUAUACUGGGAAGGACCUCUGGCUCCAUAUAUGGAUAAACCCAAUAAGCUGGAGAAGGAGCAGCCUUGCAAACUCUUUGACACACAGCAAUUCCUCAUUGAGCUUCAAGAUUUUGCCCAUAAUGGCCGAAAUCUACCGAGACACCAGGUGGUGCUGUGUUUUGGAGACGAGUACCCUGACCCACAGCGGCAAAGGAAGAUAAUCACAGCACAGGUGGAGCCAAUGUUUGCCCGAAAACUGGUGUACUAUUACCAACAGAACAAUGGCCACCAUCUGCGAGGCUAUGACCACAUCCAGGGACAGAGCCCGUCUCCAAUCGACUAUCCUUCACAGAAACCUCUACAGCAUAUUCAGGAGUGACAAGCACACACGCACACACACACACACACACACACACACACACACACACGCUCACACACACACUGGAGGGUAUGAAGGUGAAUGUAAACCACUGAGUGUUUAUCAUGUCUUGUCUUGUAGUGUGUACUGUAUAUGGCAGGAACUGUCUGAGGGGUAGAGAUGGGGAAGACCCUGUUUUCAUUUAAGCACCAUAGUCUUUUUUUUUUUUACUAAAAGAAUUUAUUGUGACAGUGUAAAGGAUGCGGUUUGAGGGAGGGUAGGGUGGGGUAGAGGGCGACUGAGACAGGAAGUACUAGCACAGGUGCACAGGAAGAGUGGCCCCCAAGUCUAACACUGAUGUGUCAAAGAAAUAACCCGAGCGUGAACGAGUACUUAUUGCAUUUUCCACAGGUAACAGCUGACACGGCCAUUGUUAUUAUCUGUGGGACAUCUAGCACUUGUUGUUGAAAAUGGUUAGCAACAUCCGCGCGUACAGGCCAUUGUAGAGGGAAAAAAAAAGAAACACACACAAACUGUAUUAUGAGAUGUAAAUCAUUCAUCUUGUGGUGUCGUAAUGGGGCCGUUAUCUCAAUUAUUUUCCCUCUUCUACUUCCACCGAACACUUACUUCUACUGAACCCAUUUCUACUGAACCCAUUUCUACUGAAUUUCUUCGGCUCAGAAAAAAAACAUCUGAUUCCUUUAAAUCAUUUGUCAAAGCUAAAUUAUAAAAUGCAGUUUCUGCGAUUAUUUGAUGGACUGAGCCACUAUUUCCAUGUGACAAUUUACUGUGUAUUACAUGUUCAAGCUGACAAUUACUCACUAUUUUUUUUAUUUUUUUUAUUUCAAAGCCGGUGUUCACAUAUUUGUCCAGUAAUUGUCAGCAUUAGAUCUUAAACCUGUGAGUUUGUGUAGACAACUGUAGAAUCAAUAAUGAUAAUAAUAAAGAUAAUAGAAAUCAUAAUGCAUAGAGAAUCCAUGAAAGCAGUUGAUUUAGUAAAUAUUUCUUUUUAUUUUGUAAAAUAUUCUAAUUAUUCGUUGGACUCUUCUGUAAAUAUUUCUUUAUUUUCUUUCUUGUGAAAUACUUUAUGGUUGUAAUUUCAGUUGUAGAUUUUUGCAAGUAAACAUGGCUGUUUGUUAAUCCUAAUAGCAUGUUUAAGAGAGCGCUGCUCGAGGCCAGUGUCACCAGAGAAGACUGGUGGGUGGUCUUUUGUAGAGAAACGUUGGCUGGAAAAAUCACACUCAUCUCAUAACUCGCAAGGUACCCUUUACCUGUUCCUCUUGACCUGAAACUAGUGGCCUCACAAACGGGAAGGAAAACUACCUCUAUGGUCUGUAUGCAGGUUCAGCCAGAGAGUAGCUCUCUAGUUCCCAAGUCCUAGACCAACGGGCUGUAAAACAUCCCAGAAGAAAUACUUGAAACCUCAAAAACAAAGAAAGAAAGACACAAUUAAAACGCGUGUGUGUGUGUGUGUGUGUGUGUGUGUGUGUGUGUAUAACAAAAUGCAAAAGUCAGAGGUGGAGAUUGUCAUUGAACUCCCAAAGACUGAUGUAACAGUUGGAGGGAUACAGGUUGUGUUAUGUUUUUCUUCUGUGGUCCUGAGUUUCGAUCUCUGCAUGUACUUCCUUCACACUUAAACCACAUCACUUUCACAAUGGCUUCAAACGUAUGACCAAAAUCAGAGGCGGGAAUGACUUUUGAGUGUGUGCGUUCGUGAGGGUGUGAGACAACGCAUUUGUUGCCUCUUCAGGACAUUUUCUGGAAUAAACACCGCACUUUUUGCGGCACCAGUCGUCCUCACAGAGACCAGAACCUGGUCCUAAAGAGGCAGAACCCCAUUCCUGAGUAACUGGUUAAUUUUAGGGCUGAUUUGAAUUGUGGUUAGAUUAAGGAUAAGGUUGGGCCAAUGCACUGUCCUACGAAGAAUAGCUGCACAAACAUCUGUGUGUCUCACUGUCUUUGUCAACCAUACAUCCUUUUUUCCAGUGACCAUGUGACAAUUUAACAAAUACUUAGAACACCAGUUGUGUGUGUAUGUGUGUUUAAAUUGUGUGGGUGGGUGCAUAUCACACAGUUGCAGUAUUUCUGUUAUCAGAAUUUGACAUUUAUGGAUAAAAACAUGUUACUCCCCCACCUACAACAUUAGUGACUCAAACCUGCGUGUAUGCACACACACACACUGAUUACAGUAAAAACGUGCAAAGCCAGCUUCAGAUGAAUUCUCUAAAAGUGUGCAUGCUGGAAAACAGUGCGUUAUGAUUAAGACGAGGGUUAAUAUAAUGAUUAAUAUAA